GCGGGGCGGGACGAGCGGAAGUAGCCGCCGGGACCCGUCCAGGCGGGACCGGAAGCUGCGUUGCCCUGGUAGCGGAGGAGUCUGGCCCUGAGGAGCCCCCCCCUCCCGCUAGAGACUCGGCGGGGCCGAGCCCAGGCCUCGCGCGGCCCCUCCCCGAGCCCCCCCCGCCAUGGACCUGGCUCCUGCCAUGACCGACAUGUACGACCAGGCGCUGCUGGGCAUCCUGCAGCACGUGGGCAACGUCCGGGAGUUCCUCGGCGUCCUCUUCGGCUUCCUCUACCGCAAGACCGAUUUCUACCGCCUCCUGCUGCGGCCCGACGACCGGCUGGGCUUCCCGCCCGGGGUGGCGCAGACCAUGGCCCUCCAGGCAUUCAAGAACUUUGAACACCUGGCCCGUCAGGAUGAUGAGGAGAGGCGGCGGGAGCUUGUGGAGAAGUUGAGGAAAAGGGAGGAGGAAGUGGCAGCGGAGAGGACGAAAGUGCCUGCUGUGGCUCAGGAAAUUGAGAUCCGCUCGGCAGCAGAGCCCGUCGUCCCUGGCUCAGGUGAUGGGGCAGCCGCCAGGCCUCAAGAGCCCACUGCAGCAGAGGAGACAGCUGAAGCAGUGGACAGUUCUGCAGCCUCAGAGCCACCAGGAGCAGCUGCCCCAGUGGAAUCCCAGCCAUCAGCAUUGCCCAAGAGGCAGGAGCAGUUCCAGACCAACCCUGACAGUUACAAUGGAGCCGUGCGAGAGAACUACACCUGGUCUCAAGACUACAGCGACCUGGAGAUUAAAGUGCCAGUGCCCAAGCACAUCGAGAAGGGCAGGCAGGUGUCGGUGAAUCUCAGCAGCAGCUCAAUUCGUGUGGCCGUGCUGGAGGGGAGCAGCCAGCGUGUCCUCAUGGAAGGGAGACUCACCCACAAGAUCAACACGGAGAGUUCCCUUUGGAGUCUGGAACCAGGGAAGUGCAUCUUGAUCAACCUGAACAAGGUGGGGGAGUACUGGUGGAGUGCCAUCCUGGAGGGAGAGGAGCCGAUCGACAUCGAUAAGAUCAACAAGGAGCGUUCAAUGGCCACGGUGGACGAAGAGGAGCAUGCCGUGCUGGACAGACUGACCUUCGACUACCACCAGAAACUGCAGGGCAAGCCCCAGAGCCAUGAGCUGAAGGUGCACGAGAUGCUGAAGAAGGGCUGGGACGUAGAAGGCUCCCCGUUCCGGGGCCAGAAGUUCGACCCCGCCAUGUUCAACAUCUCCCCUGGGGCCGUGCAGUUUUGACGACACCCGGCGCGGAAGGGAAAAUCACAUCCACGCUUGGGAUCAUGAGGCCAAGGCCAGCGCCACUGUGUGUAGCCAGCUAGCGCAGGGGCCAAACCUGGGCUUCUCCCUCUGCCUGUUCCCACGAGUGACAUCCGGCCGCCCCUUUAUCCUCGCGCUGCCACCGGGGGCUGUUUGCAAACAGCCAGCCGCCAACCGGCUGGGGUGGGGGUGUGGUUUGGGGGGGCUGGGGGAGUGUGAGUGCUUCCUUCCCCCAUGCCAGCUUGGUUUUGAGAUGCAUGUGGGGCAAGCCUAGCAAAUGCAGAACUACAUCCUCUGUCACCACGGCAACCAGCGGCUGCUGGUAGCAUUUCCCUUUCUCUCUCGCUGGCGAUGGCCCCGGUUGCUGCUGGGGGGGGGGAGGGGGGGACCCAGGCAGCUGUUGUUUUUCAGGAAUAGAUGAUGCUUGUUGAGGUGA